GAUGGGCGGUUCUUUCACUUUCGGAAAACAGUCGGCAGUGAAAACAAGCUGCCCGAUCUGACAAGAAGGGACCUUCACUGCCUCAGUUCCAGGCCUGUGACUUUUUUGAAGUUUGGUUAACAAAAAAAAAAAAUGGAGACCGGCGCUUAUGGAGCCUCGCUGGCCGGAGGUGCAUUUGACAUAAUGAGCUUUCUGAAACAGCCACAGACAAUAACACGCAUUUUGAGUUGGGUCUUCGCCAUCGUCGUGUUUGCGACCAUCACGGCGGAGGGCUACGUCAACCCCAGCGCCACGGACCCGACGCCGAAGUGCAUGUUCAAUGGUACCGACUCGGCCUGCCAGUACGGCAUGAGCGUCGGGGUCCUGGCCUUCAUGGCCUGCGUGGCCUUUCUGGUCGUGGACGCCUACUUCCCUCAGAUCAGCAACGCCAAGGACAGGAAGUACAUUGUCAUCGCCGACCUGGGGUUCUCAGGUGUGUGGACGUUCCUGUGGUUUGUGUGCUUCUGCCAUCUGGCCAAUCUGUGGUCGCACACGGACGCGAAAACCACUGCGGCCGAUGCCGCUCGAGCCGUGGUGGCCUUCUCCUUCUUCUCAACUGGCAGCUGGGGAUUGCUGACCAUGUUUGCCCUGAAGAGGUACCGCCAAGGAGUGACUGAAUUUGGUGAGAGCUACACUGACCCAGCCAACGACCAUUCCACCCCCUACCCCCCAACCUACCCCCCUUACCCCACCAGCGGCCCAGAGAGCUACCAGCAGUCACCCUACACCCCCCAGUCUGAGCCUUUCGGAGAUGGGGCGUAUCAGCCGCCAGUCUACUGAAGUCUGGGUAGGGAAGACGGUUUUGGUCACGUGACUUAUAGAUGGGAAGGCUUUGUUUUUUUUUAUUGUUUUAUUUUUUUUUGUUUAAAGAAAGCAACCAAUGAGAGCUCACCUGUGAGGACUGGUCCUUACACUCCACUGUUAAUGUGUUUCAUCCAGAGUAUAAUUUAUAGCCUGUUGUGUGUGUGCUUGUGUAUGGAAUGUUAUGCCUGUAACAUGUACACACAGUAUAUAUUUGCAUCCAAAGGUUUUGAAUGAGUAUUGUUUUUGUUUUGUUUUUCCUUAUAUUUACAAAAUGUUGAGCAGAUAUAUUUGAGCACACAAGAAAUUGGAAUAUGAUCCAAAAUGCCAUUUAUUUACUAAAGCACAGAUUAUUGUGGGACUGCUGAAUAUGAAUACUUACAGAAUCAUUUGUAUCUCUGAUUUUGCCACUAACAAGACUUAAGAUGUCAAGUGCUGCAUGUUGCUUAAUGGAUGCACCAGUUAGCAAAAGAAGUAGAAGGACGCUAGUGUCUAAUUUACGUACAAAUUGAGAAGUCUGUGUCUGCUGGUUAUGUUGGUCAUGCCAAACAUCACGCGUUCCCCUCCGAAAUGCAUGUUCUGCAAUUUUUUCUGUUUGUGUGUCACAGAUGCAUUGGCUGCAUUUGGUUCGUAUUUUUUUUAUAUUACAAACCUGUUGGUCUCUUCAAAUAAGUGAAAUUUGUACAUUGUGGGGGCGGAGCCGGUCAGAGCCACUUCCUGUUGCAUUGUUGUGCGCUGCUUUGGGAAAGCUGUGACUCUUUCGCUGUCCCAUCGAUGUCGGUCCUCUUUAAGGCACACGGCAUGUAGCCAGGCAGCAGAGUGAAUGGCGUCCUUUGCGCACAAGGUUACAUUCUCGCCAGAUGGGCUGUGUUCAGCAGUGCCAAACGACAGCACCCAAAGUGCGAUGAGUUAACGUAUAUUUGUCUCACUAUGCAGAGCGAGGUGAGCACAGCCAGUCUGUGGCACUUAGCGUACAGAAAUGUCAGACUUAGGCUUUGCUUCGCUCUCGAUACAUUUGUUUGCUUGCAGGGUGUGUCCGGCCUGUGCCAACAUAAAUGUGUUGGACACCGUGCGUCGGGUUGGCACGUUCACACGUGCCACGCUGUAGCAGUGUGAGAGGAAAAUUUUUGGGUUAGUGGGCUGUAUUUAAACCUGAAGUGGUCCCACAAUCACCACCAAUUUCAAAAAUGUAACUAAAGACACAGAAUACCCAGGGGAAAUAUGGGGCUAAUUCUAAUUUUUUAUUUGCUUAUUUUUUUUAAAGAGGUGGGGGGGGGGGGUAAUAAUGCUAUUGUUGUUGAUGCACUGGGCCGCCCAGAUUGCGGGGGAAGUGGAUCGGGGUUUGCUGGGGUUUGAUAUGGGUUUGCUGCUCCAGACAGACAUACUGGGCAAGGAGGCAAUACUGCAAGAAAACCUAUCCAGGGAUAAAGAUGUAUAUAUUUCAACGCACAUAUUGUUUUAAAGAUAAAUCAUGGAAAUCCCCCACAUCCCCCAUGUGGAGUAAAAAAAUAUCUACACUUGAUGUUUGCCAAAUAAAUACAAUGCUCACUCAGCACAAAUGAAAUUCCACUAUUCUCGCAGUCCAGUUUUGAUUUUGACUACAUACAACCACUAAAAUACAUUUGGACUGCAAUCCAUCCUAGAUGAUGGCCACCUUGGCUUAUGUUCUCAAAAACAGACAAGAUGGCGAGUGAUUUGAAUUGCAAAAUGAAAAAAAAAAAUAUAUAUAUAUUCUGCUGUUUUCAGUGGGGGCGGGGGGAUCUCCAGAGUGCCCUUUAAAAAAGGGAGCAUUCCCUUGGAGCCUUGCACACAUUUCCCAGAAUUCCCUUCGCCUUUGCAGUCUGUCUGUAAGCAGCGCUUUCAUUUUCCAGUGCCACUGAAGUCUCCAGACCUGUUUCGCACACUGGACUAAAAAGUGCCUUAUUGGCGUUUUUUUUCUUUCUUCUUAUUUGUUUAAAUAUGCGCUUGUUAAUAUUAACAAAAUGUAUUCUUAUUUUUUAAACAUGUUAGCAAGUGGUUCCUUAUGCAAUGACAGCUGCAGUCUUAGCCUUUCUGCAGUUUUUGGCUGUUGUGGUUGUAUAUUUAUAUCUAUGCAAUGCCAGGGUCUGCGCUCAGAGCCUGUUGUGGACAGGUAAGCUGGUUUGUUCUGCUUGUAUGAGACUGAGUUUCAAGUGUCAAAGUGCCCUCUGAAGGAUUCUGCCUGCCACAGUGGCAUCGCAGUCUUACUUCUUGGGCUAUUCACAAAGCCUUAACAAUAUCUUGACUUUCCCAUGCUUUUCUGUUUCUUUUUUUUUGUUUUGUUUUUUAACCUAUGAAAAUUUGCAGUGUCACUGUAAAUCCUGCGGUUGGUCCAUUUAAGAGCUUUGUAAAAAGUGGUAGCUGCCUGUAAGGUGGAUGAGUGAGGUGUUGAAGGUGAAGGGGGAAAUUAAGAUGGUCCUAAUGCUCCAUGAAUAAUGUGCCGCUUGGCCGUCUGUGGCCCCGCCUCUGCUCAGACUCACUCAUAAUGCAGCAACAUGGCAUCCCAAAUGCCGAUAAAAUCGUUACUCACCAACUAGUACAAAUCUCCUUUUCCCAGAUUCACUGUCAUAACUAUGACAUCACAUCCUGCUACAGUUUGCAGUCUGAGUGAAGGGAGGUGUUCUGACCAAUGCCGCCCCAUGACCCCCUCCCCCUUCCAAAGUUAAGUCUUUACCUACUGGGCUCUGUACACUUUGCUCUCAGGUGCAAAGGAAGGGGGUCCUUGCCAUAUACUGUACUAAGUGCCUUUCAUAUGUACACGUCCUGCAAGAGGACUGCUGCCAAAUAAAGUCCCUAUGCCUGA